GCCCAGCGCUCCGCGCUUCCGGCCGGCUCAGCCCCUUGGGUCCGAGACCCUCGAGACCCCAAGACCCCCGCAGCCUGGAGGCGAUGGCAGCGCAGCGCGCGCGGCCCGUGCGUGUGCUGGUGGACAUGGACGGCGUGCUGGCCGACUUCGAGGCCGGCCUCCUGCGGGGCUUCCACCGCCGCUUCCCCGGGGAGCCGCACGUGCCGCUGGAGCAGCGCCGCGGCUUCCUGGCCAGCGAGCAGUACCGAGCCCUGCGGCCCGACCUGGCGGAUAAAGUGGCCAGCGUGUAUGAAGCCCCAGGCUUUUUCUUAGACUUGGAGCCCAUCCCGGGGGCUUUGGAAGCCUUGCGGGAGAUGAACGCCAUGCCAGACACCGAGGUCUUCAUCUGCUCCAGCCCUCUGCUGAAGUUUGACCACUGUGUGGGUGAGAAGUACCGCUGGGUCGAGCGACACCUGGGACCCCAGUUUGUGGAGCGCAUUAUCCUGACAAGAGACAAGACUGUGGUCUUGGGAGAUCUGCUCAUUGAUGAUAAGGACACCAUUCAAGGCCUAGAGGAAACCCCAAGCUGGGAGCACAUCUUGUUCACMUGCUGCCACAAUCAGCACCUGGCCCUGCCCCCUUCAAGGAGACGUCUGCUCUCCUGGAGUGACAAUUGGAGGGAAAUUAUAGAGAGCAAGCGGGCAGCUGUGUAGUGGGAAUGAGCUGGACCUGCAGGCGACAGUGCUGAAGUGAAGGCAGGCAGGCUGGCAGGGAAUCCCUGAAGAGCCAGGGACUCCUGCCAUGCAGAAUGGAGACCAGUAGUAACCUCUGCUUGCACAGGCCCAGCCACCUGGCACCUCCAGAGACGGCUGUACCUGGAGCACGACUGGCAUAGAAAUACAAUGGAAUAUCAGCUAGUCAGGACCCUUUUAAUAAA